GUCAAACAAAACCGUUGAAGUCAGGUUCAGGAAAAUCAGUCAACGUUUUUCCACUAAAGAAGCCAGGAGGAUUGUGAACCGCUGCGGUUUCUGCCCGAGUUUGUUUUAAAAAUGGCGGGAAAGAGCGAACCUAUCGUUAGUGUUAUCCCUGGGGAUGAGGGGAAGGAAAAGUUCAAAAAAAGUGAGAAUGUUGCUUUUUACAGGCGACAGACGCAGGGUCCCAACCUGAAACACAGACUUCUUUUGGAUUCCCUGGUGAUCAGUGAGAAGGGCGCUCACUUUGAACUGUUGGAAGAAAACACUAAGACCAGGCUGCUUCUCUCUUUGACCCCUUGCAAAAAUGACAUUGUAAGGAUUGUAAUAGAUGAGGCCCGACCCAUGAAGGCACGCUACCGAGCUCAAGAUGUGCUCACUGGAGAACCUCAGAGCGAAUGGUUGAGAGUGGAGAGCCAAACUAAGGACUCCAUCACUCUUUCCUGGUCCUCCGGACAUUACAAAAUCCGAGCGUGGCACUUCCCUCUCCGACUGGAGAUUCUGUGUGAGGAUGAAGUGAUGGUUACCUUCAACUCAAAGGACAAACUGUGGUUUGAAAGCUUACAGAAUAAACCCAGUGAGCUCCAAGAAGACGAGACCAGUUCACUGUGGAAAGAAACUUUUAGGAAGUUUGUGGACAUCAAAGCAAACGGUCCCAGCAGCCUCGGCGCAGACCUCUGCCUUCAUGGGUUCCAGCAUGUCUACGGCCUGCCAGAACACCCAGAGAGGCUGCAUCUCAGAGACACGAGUGAUGGAGAACCCUAUCGGCUGUACAACCUAGACGUGUUUGCCGCUGACCUCUACUGCCGGCUUGGCCUGUAUGGAUCCGUGCCUCUGAUGGUGGCUCACAAACCAGACAGGACCAUCGGUGUGUUCUGGCUGAAUGCAUCAGAAACUUUUGUAAACAUAAAGUACACCAGUGACAAUCAGGAUGAUCAAACACCCCCAGUGAAGAGGAGGCGGCUGCGGCCUCAGACUGAUGUUCACUGGCUCUCAGAGAGCGGCGUGAUCGACUGCAUGGUUCUGCUCGGGCCCAGACCCCAACAGCUCUUCAAACAGUACGCUCAGCUUACAGGGUAUCAAGCCAUGCCGCCACUGUUUUCCCUCGGUUACCACCAGUGCCGCUGGAACUACAUUGACGAGGUUGACGUGAAGGCUGUGGAUGCUGGAUUCGAUCGCCACAAGAUCCCGUAUGAUGUCAUCUGGCUGGACAUUGAGCACACGGAUGGGAAGCGUUACUUCACCUGGGACCCUGCUCUUUUUCCCAAACCAGUGGGUUUGCUGAACCAUCUGGAGAAAAAGAAGCGGAGGAUGGUCGCCAUAAGUGAUCCACAUAUCAAGGUCGAUCCUGAUUGGUCCCUCUAUCGUGAGGCCAGAGAUGGAGGACAUUUUGUGAAGGACAGAGAGGGACAGAUCUAUCGGGGCACAUGCUGGCCAGGCGAGUCCUCAUAUCUCGAUUUCAGCAAUCCUGCAACCCGAGCGUGGUACUCCAGGUGCUUCAGCUUCAAUAAAUACAAGGGAUCGACUGCUUCGCUGUUCAUAUGGAAUGACAUGAACGAGCCGUCCGUUUUCAACGGGCCGGAAGUGACAAUGCCAAAGGAUGCGGUGCACCAUGGCGGCUGGGAGCACCGGGAUUUACACAAUCUGUACGGCUUUUACCAGCACAUGGCCACAGCCGAAGGCCUGAUAUCUCGCUCCGGAGGCUCAGAGAGGCCAUUUGUCCUUUCACGCUCCUUCUUCGCAGGAUCUCAGAGGCUUGGAGCGGUGUGGACAGGUGACAACAUAGCCACCUGGGAGUAUCUGAAGAUUUCAGUUCCAAUGGUUCUGAACCUGAACCUUGCCGGCAUUGCAUUUUGUGGAGCCGACGUUGGUGGGUUUGUGAAAGACCCGGAUCCAGAGCUGUUGGUGCGCUGGUACCAGGUCGCCGCCCUGCAGCCAUUCUUCCGAGGCCACUCUGCAAAUGACACAAAGCGACGUGAACCCUGGCUUUUCGGGGAGGAAGUCACUGCAGCAAUCCGCACUGCCAUCCAACAGCGCUACUGUUUGUUGCCAUACUGGUACACUCUCUUCCACUAUGCUCACACCUCUGGCCUGCCUCCAGUCAGACCUCUUUGGGUGGAGUUCCCGAAAGAGGAGGGCAUCUUCACCGAGGACAAUAAUUACAUGAUUGGGGGAGCUUUGCUAGCCUGUCCUGUGAUGGAACCAGGUGCUAAGACCAUCAAAGUAUUUCUUCCUGGAUCAGCUGAGAUUUGGUACGAUAUCCGCUCUGCAAAGGUGUACAAAGGAGGAAAGAGUUUCAGUCUCCCAGUCAACCUGGACUCUGUUCCUGUGUUUCAGCGUGGCGGCUCGGUGGUCUGCAGAUCAGCAGGAAGCGGCACGUGUACAGCCGAUUACCAAAAGCUGCCCCUGGAUGUCACUGUGGCCCUAAACUCCCAGGGCAGCGCUGAUGGGGAAUUGUACCUCGAUGACGGCCACUCCUUUAAAUACCGUGACCAAAAGGCCUUCUGCCUGCGAAGGUUCAGCAUGCUGUCAGGCCGUCUGCUCUGUCGUCCAGCCAAUGAAGAAGGACAAUUCGACUGUGAAACUGUUGUACAGUCAGUUAACAUCAUGGGGCUGAAGAACAAGCCAUCCAAAGUGAAAGUCCACAUGUCAGGCGCUGAAGCCGUCUCUGCUUCCUUUGAGUUCCUGGAGGCCGGCUGCAUGCUGCGGCUCAGCAACCUGAACCUCAAAGUGGGGGUGGACUGGGAGAUCCACAUCAGUUAAUCAUUGAUAAAUCCAUGACUGGUUUUCCUUUGGUCUUGAUUUCGUAUUCCUGUAAUGACAAAAUCAGUACAAAAAUGGUGGCUAAUUUGAUAAUUUAAAAGGGGCAAUAAUUGAAAGACAGAAACCCAUUAAAGUCGGGCAAUAUUUCAUUGCUGUAAUUAUUUUAACUUUUGUUUUUUUAUGUAUACUCUCUUUUUUGAAGAUCAGCAGCUAAAUCUGCAGUUUCUUGUAAAAGUGUUAAUUUCUCUUAAUUUUUUGUUGCAAUGUUUUCAGUUACAAUUUUAAUAGAUGAAUAAAAUGUAUUGGGGUAUUAUGAGAGACAAAUGGAUUUUCCAAAUGAUGGUGGUUUUCACUGACCUUAUCCUAAAGUAUGUGGGGGUAUGAAGUCAGAUUUCUGCCAAAAAGGGGCACGCAUUAUAGAUACUUAUGCAAGUAGUUUUAUUUCAAAAACACACGUUAACUACUCUCCAUGUGCAUUUUGAAUGUCAUCCAAUACAUCACAACCAUGAGGUUAUUCUCCUCUUGCUUUUUAUAACUGUAGAUUCUCUCCUGUCAACUUUUGUCAUUUAGAGGGUGGAGCAAACCGGAGAAACUACCUGUGAUUGGCUACUCUUUAGAAAAUUCCGCCUCUUAAACGGUUCUGUCUUUUCCUGGUUGGGGCUAAUCACGUUUGCAAAGCAUCGCCAGGCUAAUCCCAUUUCUCUCCGAGAGCAAAUUGGUUUAUUGAAGUCAUCUUUAAAUCCGAAAACAGUCCUAAAUAUGUUUGGACAGCAGUAGCAAUAUGCUCUAAAUGUUAAAUUAGGAAUUAUGUAUAAGCUUAAUUAUGUAUAAGUUUAUAUUGAGUAAAGGGAAGCUUGAAUUACCUUUUGUUUAUACUCUUCACAGCAGCAUUUACAUUUCUAGUUAGUUUGCAGCUACCUUAAGGAUUUUUUCUGUUGUUUCCAUCAUUAUGUUUAGAAACUUGUCAGGUGAUGACACAGAUGGCUGUUGGGUAUGAAAUCAAAAUUCUGCUCUUAAAGACAACAUUGAUUAACCUGAAGUUGCUUUGCUAACAUUACUAGCCACAACUGUAAAAACAGUAAAAGCGAGAUUUCCUGGAAAAAAGCCAAUCACAGGCAGUUUAAUUUCUCAGUUGGUUCCUCCAUCCUUAAAUUGACAAGAGUUGACAUGAGCGACUGAAACAGGUCGACACCCUGGGAGAAGGGAAUCUACUGUAUAGGCGAAUAAAAAGCAGGCGAGAGCAAAGAGGGAUCAUGAACUCAUGUUUGUGAUAUACUGGUGGCCUCAUGGUAUUGUAUCUGCAUGCAUUAAAUGUUUCAAAUCCACAUGGAGAGUAGUUUACCUGCUUGUGUUUUAAAUAAAACUGUUGGUAUAGUGUUCAUUUUUGGCAGAUUUCUGACUUCAUUUGGGAGGUUUUUUACUGGAUGGACAAACUGAACUCAAAAGCCUUCCACACCUGUCAGAUUUGAUUUGUGCCAUCUUUUAAACCUUGUAUCAUCUUCAUCUAUGGUUUACAGCUCUUGUUGCCUUGGUCUGUCUUACCAACCCCCUAAAUUGAUAUAUUUGGUUUUGAUACAGGAUGACAAACUGGGAGCCAGUUCAAGGAGAAUGAAAGUUUCAUCAGGGCGGUUCACACCAUAUAAUGAGAAAAUUUGACAAAAAAAAAUUUGAGCUUUAUCAGUGCUUUUUCAUAAAUGACUCCGUGAUUUCAGAGUAAAACGGAUCUUCAGUCAAAACAUGUCUGAUAUAAAUUUCAAAGCUGCCUUCAUGUCACUUCCUUCUGUUGUGAAAUACAAAAU